AACACCUUUAAGACUAUACUCUAUCCCAUUAUAAGGUACGGAAAUUCGUUUAAAGAGACUUGGUUUUUAUUAUAACCUGAUUAUGAAAUAUAUUACUAAACCGUUCCAAAUAACUUUUUCGAACAACCCAUAAGUUCGGAUUCGCACUUCCUAAGGAGAAUCCUUCGCCGACCACAUCCAUGCGUUGCUCAUCGGAACAACGGAAAAUGUCUUUUAACAGUUUUCCGACCUGACUUUACAUGACGUGGCCCUGGUUUCCAUCGGUACUAAUAAUCCGUUUUCAUAUUCCGCUCCGAUCCCGCACGUAGAUUACAAUCACGCGCUUCCUCAUGCGAAACGCAGGGACUCAGGGAUUAAAUCAUCAUUCAUCUCUUCGCCAACAUAACCAACAACCCCACUAAAUCUUUCAUCUUUUUGGCAAAAUCCCAUUCUAAUUGUUGGUAUUAGCACAUCAUGGCAACUGAGGCUGAGAAAUGGAUGAACCUUCCUCAAGACCAUAUGGUCCGCUCUACGAAGCUACCCUGGUACCAUCAAGAUUUCGAGUAUAAGCUUAAGCCGAAGUUCCGGAAGCUUCUCGAGGAAUGGAGUGGUAUCGCUCCCGAAGAAGUUGUUCCUCAUAUCCAACGAGUUCGGGACGUAGCCUGGCACGUCUUUCCAUGGCCGUGCAUCGGAGAGUUCUGGUUCAUUGAGCAAGGGCUCCUCCGACAUCCCGAUUAUUCUAAUAUCCUCAAACGAAUCACUACCACUACCCCACCUCCCAAAUUUCUCGAUCUAGGAACUUGUCUAGGUCAGGAUGUGCGCACGCUUACUCACGACGGAGCUUCGCCGUCUACUUUGUACGGUGCGGACAUCCUUCCGGGAUUCAGGGACGCGGGAUAUGCCCUGUUUAGGGACAGCGACCGUCUAGAUCCAUCUCACUUCAUUACCGGUGAUAUCUUCUCCGAUGUAGAUGACCUCGGAAAGACAAGGGGUACAUGGGAUAUCAUCCAUAUUGCUAUGUUCUUGCACAUCUUCGCACUGCCCGAGCAACAAGCCGUAAGCAGGAAUAUUAUGAAAUUACUCAAGCCCGUACCAGGAUCAACGAUCAUCGGUACACAGACCGGCUCGUUGGAUGCGGGAGAAUUAACCCUGAAGCCGCCAUUUUGCGAACCCGGUGAGCAUAAGACCAUUUACCGGCAAAACAAAGACACUAUGAAGGAACUAUUUGAGAAAGCUGCCGACGCAGCCGGAUUGAAAGUCAAUGUAUGGACCGAGUAUGACGAGGAUGAGGCGAGAGAGAGAGCGGAGGGUCGUAAGGCGAAAGGCGACGAAUGGGAGAAGAAGGAAAGAUUCUUCGCUGGCGAUAAAGAGAGAAGGAUCUUUUUCAGAGUGGACGUGCUCUAAUUUGACCUAGGACUUUCUCGUAGAAAUAUAACCCUUAGUAUGGAGAUAUUAUCAUUAUGACCUACCUAGCCUUGUCGUGGUAUAUUAUAUCUUAGAGUUCCACUAGGACUUACGGUACUUUAACCGUUCAGCUCUUCCUCACUAAGGUCUAGAGAUAUUAGGUAAACAGGGGAAUUAUUGAAAUCAC